AAUUUGGUGACACAAAAAAUCGAUAUCUUAAUUGUGUCUGCAAUCUCCCUCUUUAUACACGGAGCUUGUAUAUUGUCACUUCGUGUACCAGAAAUGACAGACUCUUUGCUGGCAGCUCAGGCGUUUGUCUUCUUUGGCGCGGGUUUUGAAACGUCUUCAACAACAAUGAGUAAUCCCUUAUAUGAACUGACUCUGAAUCAUUUAAUUCAAUCUAGACUUCGUAAAGAUAUUCAGAAUGAGCUAAAAAAAUCGAAUGGGAAAUUGAAAUACGAUGGAGUGAAACAUAGGGAAUACUUGCAAAAAGUAUUUCAAGUCUAUGGAAUUCAUCGUGAUCCCAAAAAUUAUCCAGAUCCAGAGAUUUUUGAUCCAGAGAGAUUUAACGAGAACACAGUGGCAUGGUCUUUUUGCCUUUCGGGGAAGGACCAAGAAAUUGCAUUAGUAGGGAAAAAUCUCCUGCAGUCUCCUACACAUCAAGAUUUGCUGUAUUUCAAACGAAAGUUGGCCUCAUAAAAAUUCUUCAGAAUUACAAGGUUCACGUAUCUGAUAAAACACCUACUCCAUA